AUGCGUCAAGAACACCUAAAGCGCCACAUGAAGAGCCACUCCAAGGAAAAUCGAUAUGCCUGCUGGGUGCCUGGGUGCAACCGCGCUUUCUCGCGUUGCGACAACCUCAACGCCCACUACACAAAGACCCACAGCAAACCGGGAGAUCGCAACCGUUACGUUUCUAGCCUGGAUAAGACGGGCCCAGACUACAACCCUGACUUCCGCGGUCAGCUGACGUCUGACGGACGACCGCUAUAUCAACAAGCUUGA